AUGGCAUCUAUCAGUUUGUUUGAAUGUCUCUAUCGUAUUAUCAUGGCAUUCACCCGUGCUAUUGUAUUUUCGAUCUUUCCGGCACCAAAAAAGUCCAUCAAUGAUGAAAUUGUCUUGAUCACCGGUUCCGGAGGUAACCUAGGUCGUGCACUUGCUGUCGAAUUUUCGAAAUACGGCGCGUUUCUCUGCUUAUGGGACACGGAUGAAAGUGAAAAUCAGAAAACCUAUGAACUUCUAUAUACACAAUAUAAUCAUCGUAAAAUGGUGGCAAUGAAAGUAGAUAUAACAAUACCCGAGGAAAUUCAUCGCGCAGCUGAAAAGAUUCGACAUGACAUUGGCAAUGUUUCGAUUGUUGUACAAAAUGCGGCACAGGUAACAUUUGAUGUUAAUAUUAUUUCCCAUUAUCACAUCAAUCAAGCAUUUCUUCCUGCUAUGAUUGAACGUCAUUAUGGACAUAUCGUGGCUAUUUCGAGUAAUUGUGGUCUCUUUGGAUUGUCACAUUUAGGUGAUUAUUGUGCAACGAAAUUUGCGAUCAUUGGAUAUAUGGAAUCGGUAGAAGAUGAACUUGUUCGAUCGAAAUGUUCAGGAGUCAAUACAACGAUUGCUAUUCUUGGUCCAUUAAAAGGUGGUCUCAAUAAAAAAGUUACAGAAAUCGUUAUUCCUGAUUCAGUUAACUUCCUUCCAGCGAAUAUAUGUGCAGCAAGGAUUGUUCAAGGUGUCAUCACUAACCAGAAAUUUCUAUACAUUCCCAAAACCUAUCGUCUAUUAGAAUUUGUCAAAAGCUUUCUUCCUUAUGACGCCUUUAAAGCAAUUCUUAGUUAUGUGCUGAAUAUUCAUGAUCCAAAUUUGAAAAGAAAUCGUCUUCGGAAACCUGUUCGAUCAUAG